AUGCCGCUAGACGAGUACGCAUCGGCUGUCGGCGGCGGUCUCAAGCUGAAGGGCGCCAAGGUCGGUAAGCCCAAGAAGAAGAAGAGAAGAGAGAAGAGCGACCUCGAGAAGAACCUGGAGACGGGCGACGAAGGCGGCGGCACGAGCGGCGCGCUGGUGAAGCACCGCGACGAGGCUGCUGGCGAGGACGACGAUAGGAAAAAGAAGUCCAAGAAGCGGGGCGGGAGCCAGGACCCGGAGGCCGAGGAGGAUCGGGACGACGACGGUCCGGUCGUACAGAAGACGGAGGCGGAGCGGCGGUACGAGGAGAGGAAGCGUAAGAGGCUCCUCGAACUCGCCGAGUCGUCCAGCUCCCGGCCCGAGCUGCUCAAGACGCACAAGGAGCGGGUCGAAGAACUCAACACCUACCUGUCCAAGCUGAGCGAGCACCACGACAUGCCCAAGAUCGGACCUGGCUAA